AUGAUUCCCAGCUUGGCCCAGGCAUACAGGAGGAGAUGGUGGAUGGCCAUCACAGCCAUCAUAGAGAACCUGCUCUUCUCUGCUGUUCUGCUGGGCUGGGGCUCACUACUCAUCAUGCUGAAGAAUGAAGGCUUCUAUUCUCACCUUUGUAUUGAGAAUGAGUCUGUCACCAACAAUGUGACUUCUUUGGAGAGCGGUGUUUGGCAGAGUUGUGUGGAGCAGGAAGAGAUAUUGAAUCUUGGUUUCACCAUUGGCUCGUUCCUCUUGAGUGCAACCACUUUACCCCUGGGGAUCUUGAUGGAUAGAUAUGGGCCACGCCCACUAAGGCUCAUUGGCAGUUCAUGUUUUGCAGCCUCAUGUGCAAUGAUAGCUGCUGCUGCACACAACCCCAAAGUGUUGUCCGUCCUCAUCUUCUUUGCUGUCUCCUUCAAUGGCUUUGGAGGAAUCUGCCUGACCUUCACCUCACUGACACUGCCAAACAUGUUUGGGAAUAUACGUUCAACCAUCCUCUCCCUGAUGAUUGGCUCCUAUGCUUCUUCAGCCGUCACCUUCCCUGGUGUCAAGUUGAUUUAUGACCUUGGCGUGUCAUUCCGCAUCAUCAUGUGGGCUUGGUCUGGUAUGGCCUGCAUGGUCUUUCUCAACUGCUUCCUAAACUGGCCUGCUGAGUCUUUCCCUGCACCUGAAGACAUCAGAUACACUAAAACGGUGAAGCUGAGUGGGGUUGUGACAGAGGACAAGAUGACUGGAGAAAGGUACAUCACUCAUGUGACCAUCAUGGAAGACACGAUGGGAGCCAAGAAGCCAGAGCCCGAGCAGACAGACUCCCAAAGCACAGCCCAGGGCUCAGUGCCACUCUGUCAAUCUGUGUGCUCUCCCAUCUUCCUGUGGAGUGUCAUCACCAUGGCAAUGACCCAGCUGAGGCUGAUCUUCUUCAUGGGUGCCAUGAACAAGAUGUUGGAGUUUCUGGUCACCCACGGUGACCCCAACCCCUCAGAAGAGCUGCAGAGGGAGGUAGAGGAACAAGUUGGUUUCUACUCAUCUAUAUUCGGCACAAUGCAGCUGCUGUGUCUACUGACGUGUCCUUUGAUUGGUUACAUCAUGGACUGGAGAAUGAAGGAGUGUGAAGAGGAAAUUGCAAACACACAAACAGAGAAGAGCCAGUCAGAUCCCCCAAAGAGAGACAGAAAGACCCAGAAACUGACAAAUGCCAUGAGAGCUUUCAUCUCCACCAACCUCCUAUUGGUCACCUUUGGCAUAAUUUCCUUGAUUGACAACCUGCCCCUACAGGUGGUCUCAUUUGUUCUGCAUACUAUAGUGAGAGGAUUUAUCCACUCCUGCUGUGGAGGCCUCUAUGCUGCUGUGUAUCCAGCAAACCACUUUGGGACAUUAACAGGCAUGCAGUCAAUGAUCAGUGCUGCUUUCGCCUUGCUCCAACAGCCUCUGUUCAUACUGAUGGUGGGACACCUCCAUGGAGAUCCUUACUGGAUCAAUUUGGGCCUUCUCAUCUUCUCCCUGGCUGGCUUCCUGUUGCCGGGAUAUCUAUUCUAUCACCGUAGAAACCUGAUCAGGGCAAAGGCAGCACAUGAUAGGCUGGCUGUCAGCCAAGAAAAAGAGAAAGCCCCUCUAACCCAAUCAGCUAGUGGAACUGAAAAGAGCCAAGCCAAUGGGCAUGCAGCUAAUGGAUACACACCAAAUGGGCAUACUGUUUAAAAUUAUUGACAGUAGUGAAAUGAUCCAUUUAUUUUACAUUUUUUGUAAUUACUGUUUAGUAGUUUAUGAAUAUAGAAUAGAAGUUACGUUUGUAACCCUAAUGUCAGGCUUCUCAUUUCACUAGACUCCAUCAUGUAGUCAUUUAAAAAUUACAUGUAAAGGUGGCUCAGUUAGCAUUGUGGCUUCGCAACACGAAGCCCUCAGGUUUUAAUCUCAGCUCUGUUCCUUUCUGUGUGCAAUUACAUGCUGUUUCCCUGUUUAUGGGAGUUUUCUUUCUCCACUAACACCUUAAAUGACCUAUAAGUGAGAAUAUGUGUACAUGUGAUGGACGUGAACUUGGUACGGUUCCAGUCCCCAAAUACUAGACCCUAGAAAUAAGUGACAAACAUAAAAAUUCAAGGACCAUACCUGUGUUUCUACAUGUUUUAUCUUAUUUACUAUUAACCACAUACAGUAGCUGUACCUGAGUAUUUCCAGCAAUUCUUCACAGCAUAACUUCACUUCUUAGAUUAUUGAAUGAGCUUGAAACUUUGCGUGCAUUAAGUAAUCCAUCAUAGUAAACGGUAAAAAGCCAAUAGCAAGACAAUUUAAACAUGUUUUUAAAAUAAUAAUUUAUGGUUUAUUACUGCUGUAUGAUUACAGGGUAUUGUCUGGCAACAGCAUUACAAAUAACCCCUCAGUGGGCAUUGUAGUUUGACAUUUCGAGAAAUACUACUUGUUACCUUAAUGAGAUUUAGAUGAAAAAAUGUAUACCACUCACAUCUGUGUAUUAAUUUGUAUGUAGCUGAUGAGCUUAUCUUAGCAUAAAAACUGAAAGUACGAGAGCACAACUAGCCUGGCUCUUUCCAAAAUUUCAAAAGUCCUACCGAGUCACCUACCAACACCUUUAAGGCUCACAAAUUAACAUUAGUUCUCAUUAGAAAUGUGAAAACAAAAAGAUUUGGUUCUCGGGGGAAUCAGUAUACUAUAUCUGACCUAAUAAAUGACAUUACCACUAUCCAGGGUGUUCACUGUCCUUGAGAUAAAAUUGAAUGUUCAUUUUGGUAACUCAAGCAAAUGAAAGGAGGAUGAGUGGGAGGAAUUUUCUUUUCCCUUUGUUGCAGUUAACCCUAACUUUGUGAGUUUGGUUGACUUUAAUGUGUUUCCAUCUAUCAUGGUAAAAAUUAGAUUUAAUGUAGUACUAUGAUUGCAACUGCUAUGGUAAAAUAAUUUAACAGGGAUAUAUUUAUUUAAGUCCCUUGUUCUUGACAACAUCAUACAAUGACAAUGUAAAUGGGUCACUCGUAGUGAUAUACGUACAAUGAAUUAUCACUUGAAUCUGCAACUCUUCUCCACUUUACAGAGCUUUACAGUGAACUUCAGCUCAUUGUUUAGCUAUCAGCCCACAAUUUUACUGCUUUGGUUCACUCUCACCGCUCUCAUAGCAGCAGUCAUUUUCAGAGAAAAUCCAGUCCACUACGUGCUCAGCAGCA